GUUUCGCUGUUCCCUGCUGAAGUUGCAUGCCGUCCUCAGACAGUGCAAACGCGGAGCGGGGCGGUCCCGGGCAGCGUCUCCGCUCCCGGUCUCACUGCCUCCGUGCCCUGCUGCUGCGUGGCGCUGCCGAGGCGCCCCCCGUCGGGCGUGGCGCGGGCUCUGCGCGGCUUUGCCUCCGCACCAUGGGCGCAGGGGCAGGCCGGCGCGGGGGUAGUGCUUAAGGCCUCGGGAAGCUCCUGCGCGCUCUCCGAAGGGAGGAGUGGACGGCGGCGGGAGAGGCGCUGGCCGGGUGUCUGCGACCAGCGGAUCCCGAGCCACCACCACCCCGGCCUUUUUGGCCGCGCCACGGAGCCUGCGGGCCAUGGACGCAAUGCCGGGCGAGACCGAGGAUCCGAACAGCCGCGAAGCGCAGACAGUGUUUGAGGCCCUGGGGCGCUACGAGGACACGCUGCGGGGCGCUGUUCGGGAGAUACAUGCGGACAUCCAGGUGUUCAAGCAAGGGGUGGGCCAGCAGGUGGAGGAGGUGCUGCGACUUGCGAGCCCUCUGGCACACACUGUCUCAGAGCUGCAGCAGGAGAACCGGCGCCUGCGGGUGCAGCUGGAGCGCCUGGCUCGACAGGUGGAGGCCCUUGGCCAGUCGGCGGGGCUGCUGCAGGACUGGCCAGAUGGAGCAGAGGAGAGCCCCCCACCUGCGGGACCUGGCUCUCCGGGGCCGCCUUUGGCCAGUGGCAGGUUCUCCAGCCAUGCGAAGCUAGCGGUGACUGGCCGGAGCCAAAGUGUAGACCUGGAUGACCACCACAAACCUGAGUUUAGAAGAGUUUUUAGUUCUUCCAUCAUUGAAAAUGGACACCAGUCUUCAUCAGGUCAGGCAAAAGUCUCCCGUGAACUGGCCUCUCUUCGCAUGUCAGAUUCUUCCCCUGAGGCCCAUGCCCCUGCAGUCACAUUACAGAUGCCUCACCUUCCUGUUACUGCGGUAACCAGAAUAUCAGGAGAAACCAUCUGUUCAACAGGAGCAGCUAACGCAUCCCCUGGCAUUCUUGGACAGAGCAAGAGCAAAAAUGAGAUGGUAUUGAAAACUUCCAACCAGUCAGUGAAGGCCUGGAAUUCAAGUACAUUGAGAACAUUGGCUUCAUCUGCCACUGGAGAGAAUACCACAUCUAUCGCUAAGCCUGUCUCAACUGCAAGCUGUGGGAUGAGCAGUGGAACCAAAACCGGUGAAAGGGCAACUGACAGUUACUGUGAUGUGACACCCAAGCCUAACUCCUCUCCUUCUACCAUACAUCACCAAGUUGAAAGGAGGCGAGAACUGGUGCGAUCUCAAACGCUCCCACGGACUAUGGGAACACAGUCCCGGAAAGCACUUUUUGAGAAAUUUGAACAAGACAGUGCAAAAGGAAAAGGAGAAUCCAGAGCUAAACUGAAGAGAUCGCAGAGUUUUGGGGUUGCCAGCGCUAGCAGCAUUAAACAAAUUCUGUUAGACUGGUGUCGCUCAAAAACCAUAGGAUACAAGCAUAUUGAUCUCCAGAACUUUUCCUCAAGCUGGAAUGAUGGGAUGGCAUUCUGUGCCCUCGUGCAUUCUUUCUUUCCUGAAGCUUUUGAUUAUAAUAAGCUUGACCCAGUUAAUCGCAAGCAGAACUUUGAGCUGGCUUUCACCAUGGCUGAGAAAAUGGCUCACUGCGAUCGUCUGAUAGAAGUGGAUGACAUGAUGGUGAUGGGCCACAAGCCAGAUCCCAUGUGUGUCUUCACCUAUGUCCAGUCUCUAUACAAUCAUCUACGACGCUUUGAAUAAAACCAUCACCUCUCCAGCCAGAAGGGUGAAGUACAGUAUGCUAAUGGAAAGACUGACAUUUUGCAAAUAGAACACUAUUUCUUGCUUUUUACUGUCCCUCUGCUUGCAUUCACAUGUGUCGCUGAAUGAAGUAUUGCUGAGCAGCGCCUCAAAGUGUUGAUCAUAUCAGUAAGUCAAUAACACAAGAAGCGUGUUUGAAAAAGACAAAAAAUGUAGGGAAAGACAAAUGCUGUCAUUUUGGUGCUGUCAUUACAAUAAUUUGUAAUAUUAUUAUAAAGAUUACAGGAAGCUAAAUUUUUGCCCCUGUCUCUUUUAGACUCACAGAAUGGUUUGGGUUGGAAGGGACCUUAAAGAUCAUCUGGUUCCACCCCCCCUGCCAUGGGCAGAGGCACUUUUCACUAGACCAGGUUGCCCAAAGUCCCAUCCAACCUGGCCCUGAAUACUUCCAGGGAUGGGGCAUCCACAGCUUCUCUACCACAAACUACUUUAGCUCUACUACUUUAUAGGGGGUGGGCAUACAAAGGUAAAGUAUAAACUAACUGCUGAAGAGUUGGAUCACCAAGUUCUGUUUGAAGUGUGCCUAGCCUAUGACACUGUGGAAACAACUUUGAAAGCAUGUUUCAAAUACGUAUCUUAAUAUAUAUCUGAAAGAUACUUGGUUAAAAUAGCAGGGUCCCAGGUACUGCUAAUAUAACUUUAAUGCAAGUGAGCAGGGGUCAGGCAGGCCUGUUACACAUUUGUAAUGUCUGCCAUUGUUUUCAGUUUUUAACUUUGUUUAGAAUGACCGUAGUUCUGAGGAAUGUGCGCACCUGUUGCACACUCCAACAAAUGCACUAUAAGGAUGAAUACACUGCACUUGUGUUUUGCAGAAGCGAUCAAAUUAGGCACAAUGAGAAAUCUGUCUACAGCUGGUAUGUGAAAUGCAUAGUUCCAUUCAUACAGCAGAAUACUUCUCAUUAGCAGAAUACUUAUUGACUAGCAGAGCCACGUUCAAGUGCAGCUACAACAUGAGGAGCAAUACUGGCUUUUUACAUUGAAUUAGUUCACAGUCCCAGGUCAUGUAUGAUUUUCCUUUGUGGUGUGAGUCUUAACAACACAGCUAAGUGCUUGGCCAAUUUAGGCCUAGUAGGAAAUAAUUACGUAAAGGAAAUUUUAGACAGCGAAAGUACUGCCAAUUCACUAGAGGGAAUUUACAUCCUUGCUACAGUUUAGCUUAUUCACAGCUACCCAAAAGCCAUUUGCAGUUUCCAAAUCUUCUCUCACUUUAGAGAGGUAAUGGUGAGGAUUAUCUGGUACUUGCCAGCAAAAGAUGGGAAAACUGUAGGCUGAUUUUUUUAACUGCUGAUGGUUUGCAUGUAAGGAGAUGAUAGAGAUGAUGUUAUCACAUAUUUUUAGAAAAAAUCUAUGUCUGUGUGCAUUAAAAGAAUGCCUGAUCUAAAUUCUAUAACCUGGACUAUUGGAUUGUAUAAUUAAAUUGAAAUUAAAGUAUGUAAUGUAUGCCCUCUCCUGGAUUUUUUUAGUAUUUUUAGUUUAAAAAAAAAGACUGUGUGUGUAUAUGACAGUUUAUGUGUUUAGAAUGAGUGAUAAAAAAGAUAAUAUUUUGUCAGCAUACUGUAUUUUUCACAGAUUUUUUUUCAUGUUCUGUGCUGCAUCAAAAAUUCAAUACUAUCCAAGGUGGUUUAUUGGCAACUUUAUGCUAUUUUAAAGGCUAGAUCAAUUUGUUCUAUGCAGGAUUUUUAAAAUAAUAGCAGAGCCAUCACCUGUUGCUUAAAAAUAUUUUUCCAUGUAGCUGGUAAAACUUUCACACUCCAAACGCUUUCAGGAUUUAAGCACUUUUUGUCCUUUUUAGUCAUUUUUUUGUUUACAAGGUAUUUCUGUUCUCAAAAAGCAAUGCAUGUGAAGCUCUAUCUUAUUGUACUAGCUGUAUAUGAAUUUAAAAACAAAGACAAAAAGAUAACUGUUAUAGACCGCCCACAUACCUCCUUAAAAUCUAAUCAAUGCAAGCAUUUUUGUAGCCCAUAGCUCACUGCUACUGUCUGCCUGAUUUUUGAAAGAAAGUUUCCAGAAAUUAUUUUCAAAUAGCCAAAUCUAGACCUAUCAUGAGGGUGCUGCAUCUGCUACAAACAGACAUUAUUAACAUUAAAAGGGUAGCCAAAGCAGCCCAAGGAGUCUGUUCCAAACUGUCACUGUCAGAGAUUUUAGACUUGUUUAGGGUUUACAGCAUCUCUUCCCCUAAACUUCCCCUAAAAAGUCUGGCUCCUAAUAAGGUCUUGUAGACAUACAUGAAAUAAGAAGUGCUAUUAAGUCAGCAUUCAUAACAGGAGAAAAAGUGACAGUAGAGGAGAAGACAUUCUAUGAACCUAAAAAAAAUCUAAUUUUAUUGACCAAAGUAACAAGAAAGUUCUGAUUAGCCUACACUUUCUGGACUGGGUGGAGAAAUAAAGGUAGCAUUCCCAGUUCCGGAAACUAGGAUUUCCCAGUUCCUCCUUACCAACAUUCAUUCUGUUUUUGAUACCAUCCAGUGGAAGCGUAUCACAAAUGCUGACUGUGCAAGCAACAGCACCAAAUGCAGCAGUGAUAAUUGAGAUCAUCACCUGAUGAAUGAAGUAGGGAGGAGAAUGGGAGAAGGCCCUAAGAAAGAGGACUCCACAAUCAUGAACAUUUUAGGGAAAAAAGCAUUCAGUUUGAGAACUAUUGCUCACUUAGAGUUGGUUAGUGUUAUUACCUUGGUGCUGACCGGUGAUGCAACAUCUAUAAUGGUUUUUAUAUCGAGAAACUGAACUCUCACAGAGAUAAAGAUUUAGCUGUUUUUGUUUGUUUGUUUGUUUUUAAGAUUAAAGUUAAGCUGCCUUUCCAACUAGCUGAUUUUGUCUAGAUACCACUUGCAAAAGAAGUCAUCACAAAAAAGAUCAAAUAGCCUUGUUUGAACCAUACUGACAGUAACUAUCAGCCUGUUAUAUUCCACAUAAACCUGUAAAGUACUGCAUAAUUUAAAAUUUGAUGAUCAUCACUUAAGGGGAGUUUCAAAAAGAGAAAAAAUCAGACUGUUUCCUGUAAUUCACAAGAACAAAGUGCCUUCUUAUAUCCACAGAUACAUGUUAUAUAAAGACAGUAACAUGUAACACAGUUGAUUUCUCCGAAAAAAAAAAAAA